UCAGUUCAAAGAUCCGUCUACAAAGAUAUUGUGAAACUGCUGCAGGUGGACGAAUUACUAACAGAAAACCAGCUCCGAGCCAAGGGGGAGAUGAGUUUUUGCCAAUGACACCCUGGUGGAAGGGGGCUCUUUAUCCGAAAUGCACAACGGAACAAAUUACCGCGCGAAGUGCGUCAGUACCGGACUGGCCACCACCUCGUGCGCUUCUACUUCUUGACUCGGGUGUAUUCGGAAUACGUAGAGAGCGUGCUGGCCGACUUCAAAGAAGGACCCAUGCCUGACGUCGUCCUCGUAAACUCUUGUAUCUGGGACCUUCUAAGGUAUGACAACAAGCCACUGGAAGCCUACAAAAAAAACCUGGACUGCCUCUUCAGUCGGCUCUCUGAGGUGCUGAGUCCCGAAUGUCUGGUGAUAUGGAACAUGACCAUGCCCGUAGGAUUCAAAGCUGGUGAAAUGCCGCAGUACUCAAAGCACAACCUGCGCUGGGAUAUCGUAGAGGGAAAUUUCUACAGCGCCACUCUGGCCAACUUGCACAAAAUGGACGUGCUGGACAUGCACUACUACUUCCGCUUCGACAUGCACAACAGGUGUAAAGACGCCACCCACUGGGACAAGACGGCCCAUCGGAAGUAUAGCCAGAUCCUGAUGACACAUAUUGCGGAUGCUUGGGGGGUGGAGCCCCCUGAGCCAACCAUAGUGAAAUUCCCCUUGUGGAAUCUCCCUCCUCCCCACCCACUAUAUAACGACCAGGAAAAUGGUCAUCACCACUUUGGUCGUCCUAUACAAAGCAAGCCUCCUCAUGGUGACCUCCUGAGGAAUGUGCCCUAUCCUCAGCCGCCCUAUGCCCAGGAAAGCAUUCGCCAUGCUUUGAACCCUCGUACCUCCCCGGAUACA